AUGGGCCAAGACCACAUCCUGGAUCCAGGGGCGGUCUUCUUCAUAGAAUGGCCAACGUGGGCGAGACUUUGUGUGGUUCUAGGUGCUUUGUUGGUGCUCCUCGUUGUGAUGGCAAUUUGUGUCAGGCUGCGAAACUGGAGGAGAAAUCUCGCCCUAGAGAGAAAGGCCGCCGAGGCAGAAGCUGAAAACGGAGAGAUGAACCUCUCGGUCAGAAAGAGUCAUGAAAUACCCUUCGGGAUACGCGCGUUGUUCGAAGAUCCGGACGUUGAAGGAGUUUGGAAUUCACGCACCAACACUCCUCUUCAUGGCCCGGUUGCGAGGCUGCGCCCUCGCAAUCCACCGAGAUACACACCGUUAUCGUCAUCAAAUGUGCAGCCAAUGACGGUAGAGCCCGAACUCGUUGCGCCAAAUGACCGGGAGCCCCCCAGUGACCCAAUCGCGAAAGUCGAUGGAGCAUCCGAUUCUCGAAGUAACGGCAAGAAGUUUGUCAUCAGUUAUCAAGCACCUUACCUUCGAUCAAAUCCAGCAAGAGAUCCGGAUCGCGAUUCGAACGCAGCUUGCUCACGGCCGAAGAUAUCUCCUUCAAAGAUGUGUCUGCGCCCCCCCACAAAUCGAGGCUCCAAUAGUGGACGAAAGUUUGUAAUUGGCAAUCGACAUAGAAACUCGCCUCUACCUCCCAGCCGCGACUCUCUGUCUGAAGCGAAUGUCCUCGAGCGCAUGGAAGCACACCGGAGAUUCCAUGCCGCAGAGAGUGGCCAAUUACUGCCCAGGUCUCGACGACGUCACACUGACCUUGCAUUGAUGACAUCUCUCGCAUCCUCUACGUCCUCUGCAUCCGACAGUGAAGAUGGUGGCUCUUUUGAUGCCGAGUCUAGCCAAGUCAGGUCCUUGUCGCUUGGUAUGCCAGAGAUGAAUGUGGGCAAACAGUUGGCUCGACGAGUUGAGAAACUGGAAGGUCCCAAACCCGUUCCCUUUAAAGCUUUCGUCGAGUCAUUACCAGCACCCAAGCCUCCCCCGUCUGCUUGGACAAACAAAACCCAAGUAAGGGUCGAUGCCAAAUUGCCGGAAUCGUCGAAAGGAAGCGAAACUGCAUCGCAGUUCUCCAAGCACACACCUAACUCGUCGAUCAGCUCUACCUGUACCACACCAACAUCUCCAACAACCUCAAUCUCGAUUGUCAAUACCCGGACAAGAAAAGUCAACUCAGGAUUCGAAGUUCUUCCUGCCGGUACUUUGGAGAAAGGGCUGGAUGUGAAGCAAUUUGGGGUCUGGGCUGAAAAUCCCAGUAUCACCAUCUCGAGAAAGCCUAGGAAGCUGCAAAAGCGGCGGUCACGAUCCAGUUCUUCAAGUCGUCGGAGCUCGGCUGAGAGUGCAAGAGUGAGUAGUGAAAGCUUUCGCCUCCCAGUAUUUUGA